GGUUCCCCUCACCUCUACUUCGCUUUUCAAAACCCAACUCUCGUUUUCUGCUUCUCAUCCUACCAGCUAGCUGCCGUCCUCGUUCGAUUCCUCCAUCCCAGUCUCUGCUGCUGCGCCUGCUCGGUCCUCCUUUAUCGGCGCCUGUACCCCUCGCUGCCAAGACCCCCUCGUCUCGGUCUCGACAUCUUCUCUCGCGCGCCUGUGCUGCUUCUCAAACCUCGCUCCCUCUCUGAUUCUCUCGCUCGUCUCGAUUACAGCUUGCAAACAUGUGGUGCGCUUCUCAGACUGCCAAUUGAUGCCUGUGCAUGCAUUACUGACUCCCAAUCUCUGCAUAGUGGUAUUUUUGGCUACAUCAACUACCUGGUUGAAAAAGACCGCAAGCACAUCAUCAACACUCUGGUCAAUGGUCUCUCCCGGCUCGAGUACCGUGGAUACGACUCUGCGGGGUUCGCCAUCGACGGUGACAAGAAGAACGAGGUUUUUGCCUUUAAGGAAGUAGGAAAGGUUGCCAAACUGAAAGCCUUGAUUGGCGAAUCCAGUGUCGACCUCGAAAAGACUUUCGAUUCUCAUGCAGGCAUUGCUCACACCCGAUGGGCCACUCACGGCACCCCCUCCCGCUUGAACUGCCACCCACACAGGUCCGACCCCAAGUGGGAAUUCGCCGUCGUUCACAAUGGUAUCAUCACCAACUACAAGGAAUUGAAGGCCCUUUUGGAGACCAAGGGCUUCCGCUUCGAAACCGAGACCGACACCGAAUGCAUUGCCAAACUGGCCAAGUACCUCUACGAUCAACAUCCAGACAUCGACUUCACCGUGCUGGCCAAGGCUGUCAUCAAGGAGCUGGAAGGUGCCUUUGGUCUUCUCAUGAAGUCCGUGCAUUACCCACAUGAAGUCAUUGCCGCCCGCAAGGGUUCGCCCUUGGUCAUCGGUGUUCGCACCUCCAAGAAGAUGAAGGUUGACUUUGUCGAUGUCGAGUAUUCGGAAGAAGGCGCUCUCCCCGCCGAGCAGGCAUCCCAGAACGUUGCCAUCAAGAACUCGGCUGCCAGCCUCCUUGCUCCUCCCGACAAGUCUCUCCUGCACCGCUCGCAAUCCCGCGCCUUCCUUUCCGAUGAUGGAAUUCCUCAGCCAGCCGAGUUCUUCCUCUCUUCCGACCCUUCUUCCAUCGUGGAACACACCAAAAAGGUUCUCUACCUGGAGGACGAUGAUAUUGCUCAUAUCCAUGAAGGACAGCUCAACAUUCACCGUCUUACCAAGGAUGAUGGCACUUCUAACGUCCGUGCCAUUCAAACGAUUGAGUUGGAAUUGCAGGAGAUCAUGAAGGGCAAAUUCGACCACUUCAUGCAAAAGGAGAUCUUCGAGCAGCCCGAGUCUGUUGUCAACACCAUGCGUGGUCGCUUGGAUGCCGAGAACAAGAUGGUGACCCUCGGUGGGCUUCGUCAGUACAUUUCGACGAUUCGUCGCUGCCGUCGCAUCAUAUUCAUCGCUUGUGGAACAAGUUACCACUCUUGCAUGGCUGUGCGUGGUGUUUUUGAAGAACUUACUGAGAUUCCAAUUGCUGUUGAGCUUGCAUCGGAUUUCCUGGAUCGCCAAGCCCCGGUCUUCCGUGAUGAUACAUGCGUGUUUGUGUCGCAAUCUGGCGAGACUGCAGACUCCCUCGUUGCUCUCCGCUACUGCUUGGAGCGUGGUGCCUUGACUGUUGGUGUUGUCAACGUCGUCGGCUCUUCCAUCUCACUGCUCACCCACUGCGGUGUCCACAUCAACGCUGGUCCCGAAAUUGGUGUGGCCUCUACCAAGGCUUACACUUCUCAGUUCGUUGCCAUGGUCAUGUUCGCCCUUUCUCUGAGCGAGGAUCGUGCAUCGAAGCAGAAGAGACGUGAGGAAAUCAUGGAAGGCCUCGGCAAGAUCUCGGAUCAAUUCCGCGAGAUUCUCAAGCUCAAUGAUCCUAUCAAGGAGAUGUGCGCCAAAUUCUUCAAGAACCAAAAGAGUCUGCUGCUCCUCGGUCGUGGUAGCCAGUACUCUACCGCCUUGGAAGGUGCUUUGAAAAUCAAGGAAAUUUCUUAUCUUCACUGCGAGGCUGUCAUGUCCGGUGAAUUGAAGCACGGUGUUCUUGCUUUGGUUGAUGAGGAUCUCCCCAUUAUCAUGAUUCUCACCCGUGACAACAUCUUUGCCAAAUCGCUCAAUGCCUACCAACAAGUCAUUGCCCGUGGCGGCCGUCCCAUCGUGAUCUGCAACACAGACGACGAGGAGUUCCCCCCUUCUCAGACCGAGAGAAUCGAGAUCCCCAAGACGGUGGACUGCUUGCAAGGACUGUUGAACGUGAUUCCCCUGCAAUUGAUUGCCUACUGGCUCGCUGUUGCCGAGGGCUUGAAUGUCGACUUCCCUCCUCAAUCAGAAACCAUGGCAUCUUUGAAGGGACCCGGCGAGCGCGAGACAUACGACGGUGCGGGGCUUCGAGUCGCCAUUGUUCACGCGCGAUGGAAUACGGUCAUCAUCGACGCUCUCGUGGCCGGAGCUCGCAAGAGUCUCGCAGCAGCUGGGGUUGCAGAGCAGAAUAUUGUCGUGGAGAGUGUUCCUGGGAGUUAUGAACUGCCGUUUGCUGUUCAAAGGUUAUAUUCAGCAUCACACGUUCAAGCCGCUGCCAACUCCGCGACGGGCGAUAUCAGCGCCACCGAUCUCUUGUCCUCGUCCACAACCGAUCUGACCCAAGCUGCUGCAACUACUCCUACUACCCCACAAAGCUCCGCGGCUUCACAAGCUCCCUUUGAUGCAAUCAUUGCGAUUGGCGUGCUGAUCAAGGGCGAGACGAUGCAUUUCGAGUACAUUGCUGAUGCGACGUCGCAUGGCUUGAUGCGCGUGCAGCUCGAGACGGGCGUGCCUGUUGUUUUUGGCCUGCUUACCUUGCUCACUGAGGAACAGGGUUUGGAGCGUGCUGGCUUGGGAAGUGGGAAGAAGCACAACCAUGGCGAGGAUUGGGGGAGUGCUGCUGUUGAGUUGGCUGUUAAGCGUAAGGCAUGGGCUGAGGGCAAGAUUGCCUAG